AUGUCCGGACAAACCCAGCGCCUGAACGUGGUCCCCACCGUGACCAUGCUUGGUGUCAUGAAGGCCCGGCUCGUGGGAGCCACCCGUGGCCAUGCCCUCCUCAAGAAAAAAAGUGAUGCACUCACUGUUCAGUUCCGCCAGAUCCUCAAGAACAUCGUCUCGACAAAAGAAUCCAUGGGCGACGUGAUGCGAAAUUCCAGUUUCGCCCUUACGGAGGCCAAGUACGUGGCUGGCGAGAACAUCAAACACGUCGUGCGCGAAAACGUCCAGUCAGCAGCCCUCAAGGUCCGUUCGUACCAGGAGAAUAUUGCAGGUGUAAAGCUCCCCAAAUUCGAGUACUUCAUAGAAGGUGGCGAGACCAAGAAUGACCUAACCGGGCUUGCCCGAGGCGGGCAGCAAGUGCAGGCCUGCCGGGCAGCUUAUGUGAAGUCGAUCGAGCUUCUUGUUGAGCUGGCGACUCUCCAAACGUCUUUCCUGACGCUCGACGAGGCCAUCAAGACCACGAACCGGAGGGUCAACGCUCUUGAGAACGUGCCACUGCUCGUCCUAGAUUUGAUGGUGAAGGGAGAGUGGUAUUUUCGGGAAAAGUUGGAUGUUGGGCGUUUGUGA